AAACAGUUCGCGCACGGCCGGGCGCUGGUCCCCGGUUCUUGGCACCAUCGGUCCAUCGCGGACCAAGGCAGUCAGGCAGCGGAUCCGGCCGCGGCGGCUCCGACUCCAGCGGGGUCUGGAGAAGCGAGGACGUUGGUCAAACAGGAUCUUGGAAGCAGCGCCGCCGGCGGCGGCGGCGACGAGGAGCCGGAGAUGGGGAUGCGGGAUUUUGCGCGCGCGCACCACGUGGCGUUUUUCGAUGCCAUGGCCACCGAGCUCCCCGACGACUAUGCCUCGCAGGAGGUCAACCACCUCACACUCGGUUACUUCGCCGUUGGCGGCCUCUCGCUCCUUCGGGAGCUCGACCGGGUUAACAAGGAUGAAAUAGCCAAAUGGGUUUUGUCUUUUCAAGUUCAUCCUGAGGCACAUGGUGAUGAGGACAAUGGGCUGUUUUAUGGAUUCUGUGGUUCUGGAUCAACUAAGUUUCCUUUGCCUAAUGUGAAGGAACCUUGCCACAGUGGUAGUCAUCUUGCAAGCACUUAUUCUGCCCUCUCUAUCCUGAAGAUUGUAGGCUAUGAUCUAGCAAAUAUUGAUAGCAAGGCACUUCUAUCAUCUAUGAAAAAGCUCCAGCAACCAGAUGGAAGCUUCAUGCCUAUUCAUAUUGGUGCAGAAACGGACCUGCGCUUUGUGUACUGUGCAGCUGCAAUCUGCUCAAUGCUAGGUGACUGGACAGGAAUGGACAAGUUAAAGGCAAAGGAAUACAUUCUUAACUGCCAGUCAUAUGAUGGAGGCUUUGGCAUGGUUCCUGACUCCGAAUCUCAUGGUGGAGGAACUUUUUGUGCUGUUGCAGCUCUUCAUCUAAUGGGCUUUCUGCAAGAAGAUUUGGCAUCUAACUUACGAGAUUCUGCCUCUAUUGACAUACGCAUGCUCCUUGAGUGGUGUCUACAGAGACAAGUGACUGAUGGAGGAUUCCAAGGGAGAAGAAACAAGCCCAGUGAUACCUGCUAUGCUUUUUGGGUUGGUGGUGUACUGAAGAUCAUUGGCGCUUACCAUUUGAUUGAUCGUUGUGCUCUUCGGGAAUUUUUGCUGACCUGCCAGUCACCUUAUGGAGGCUUUACAAAAUUUCCGCACAUUCGGAUCCCAGACAUCUACCAUUCUUACUACGGCCUGGCCGCCCUUGCCUUGUUGGAAGAGGAAGGGCUCGAACCCCUCUGCGUUGAACUGGGGAUCCUCUCCGCUGCAUUAAUUCCGGCACCUGCACCCCUGUCGGAGCAGCCAAGGACAUCCCCGUCGCGGCGUCUUGUUCCUCCACUCCUCACUGCGGCUCCGGCGAUGGCGGGCGUCGGCUCGGCGCUGCGGCGGCUCUACCUCUCCGUGUACAACUGGGUCGUCUUCUUCGGAUGGGCGCAGGUGCUGUACUACGCGGUCCUGGCGCUGCGGGAGAGCGGGCACGAGGCCGUCUACGCCGCCGUCGAGCGCCCGCUGCAGUUCGCGCAGACCGCCGCCAUCAUGGAGAUUCUGCACGGCCUUGUAGGGCUGGUGAGGUCUCCAGUCUCUGCAACCCUUCCUCAAAUUGGAUCCAGGUUGUUCCUGACAUGGGGUGUGUUGUGGAGUUUUCCCGAGACCCAGUCCCACAUCCUUGUUUCCACACUGGUCAUCAGCUGGUCGAUCACUGAGAUCAUCAGAUACUCCUUCUUUGGGAUGAAGGAGGCGUUUGGAUCUGCACCUUCAUGGCUCCUGUGGCUUAGGUACAGCACCUUUAUGCUCCUGUAUCCUACUGGUAUCUCUAGUGAAGUAGGCCUCAUAUACACCGCAUUGCCUUACAUGCAGGCGACAGAGAAAUACAGCUUUAGGAUGCCUAACAAGUGGAAUUUCUCGUACGAUUAUCUCUACACAUCUAUUCUUGCCCUCGUGAUCUACAUUCCAGGAAGCCCGCACAUGUUCGGCUACAUGCUCUCGCAGCGCAAGAAGGCCCUGUCGAAGGCCAAGACUGCGUGAUGCUGCUCAAGAGCUUUGUAGAAGGGCUCGUGUGAUGUCAGAAUGUGUACCUAAUGGCUCGAGUUUCCAACUCUUUCGGUAGAAGUUAGCGAUUGGGGGGGGGGGGGGGGGGGGGGGGGGGGGGUUGGAAUGGAACUUCGCCAUGAAUUGCCUGAUCAGUACGUGUUGUUGAUCCAAAAUCGCCCAUAACAGGGUGAAUUUCCAUGUGAUUUGGUGCCUAUGUUUGGAUUAAUGCUUAUCCCUCAUAUAUCUUGCUAGAUGUGCUGUUGUACUGUGUCGCUCGGAUUUGGACAACAAUACAUGAUUGGUUGUCCAGUGUCCACGAACUUUUUCCUUCUUGUGCCAGUAGUAUCAUCUACUGCCUUUUCAGUAAACAUUUUUAUGUCUUGA